UAAAAAAAGCAAAGCAAAGAAAAGAAACAUCUUUCACCCCCCUCCAAAAAACGUGACCGAGGUCCGUGCAGCUGUCCGUCCAAGUGUCAGAAACGACGAGGAACGACGGCCGGCUCCUCCGCCGGGAUGCGUUAAGGCGCCUCAGUGCCGCUCCAAACUCAGCCGGACUCGCCGCUUUGUUGUCCUCCAUCCUCCUCUGUUAUGGAAACUCACACUUGAAGCGAAAGCACGAGCGUCUGAGUGGGUUUCUCUCCGAGGGUCGUCAUCCUUCUCCUGCUGCUGCUCCGCUUCGCUCUCGUUUUGGAAGCCCUCCGCUGGAGGAAGAUGGCGAGGUACAACUUUCUGCUGUGUCUCACGGUGCUGGUGGGUUUGGAGCUCUCCGGCAGCGACGAGCCCGACCUCUCGCUCCCGCCGCCCUCCCGGGACGCGGAGCCGGACCUUCACCCCGACCCGGACGCCCGGGUCUCCCUCAUCGAGGUGGAGGACUCCGGCGCCCGCGAGUGCUCCGCGUGCGUAUGGCGCGAGCAGAGCAAAGUGCUGCGCCUGGAGACCAUCAAGUCGCAGAUCCUCAGCAAGCUGCGGCUCAAGCAGGCGCCCAACAUCAGCCGAGAGGUGGUCAACCAGCUGCUGCCCAAAGCGCCCCCUCUGCAGCAGCUCCUGGACCAGCACGACUUCCAGGGGGACGCGUCCCCGCACGACGAGUUCGUGGAGGCGGACGAGUACCACGCCACCACCGAGUCGGUCAUCACCAUGGCCUCGGAGCCGGAACCGAUAGUGCAAGUGGACGGAAAGCCCAGUUGCUGUUUUUUCAAGUUCAGUCCGAAGCUGAUGUUCACCAAGGUUCUGAAAGCCCAGCUGUGGGUGUAUCUGCGGCCCCUGCAGCAAACCUCCACAGUUUACCUUCAGAUCCUCCGACUCAAGCCUGUCACUGACCAGGGCAGCCGGCACAUCCGGAUCCGCUCGCUCAAGAUUGAGCUCAAUUCGCGAUCGGGCUACUGGCAGAGCAUUGACUUCAAGCACGUCCUGCAGAACUGGUUCAAGCAGCCACAUACAAACUGGGGGAUUGACAUAAAUGCGUUUGACGAAAGUGGCAACGACCUAGCUGUGACCUCUCUGAGACCUGGAGAAGAAGGGCUGCAGCCGUUCCUGGAGGUGAAAGUUCUCGAGACCACCAAGCGCUCGCGGCGGAACCUGGGUCUGGACUGCGACGAGCACUCCACCGAGUCCCGUUGCUGUCGCUACCCGCUCACGGUGGACUUCGAAGCGUUCGGCUGGGACUGGAUCAUCGCGCCCAAGCGCUACAAAGCCAACUACUGCUCGGGUCAGUGCGAGUACAUGUUCAUGCAGAAGUACCCGCACACUCACUUGGUCCAGCACGCCAACCCCAGAGGCUCGGCGGGCCCAUGCUGUACCCCCACCAAGAUGUCUCCCAUAAACAUGCUCUACUUCAACGACAAGCAGCAGAUCAUCCACGGCAAGAUUCCCGGCAUGGUGGUAGAUCGCUGCGGCUGCUCUUAGACAAACGCACAACUCGUUCAGGCUUGGAAGCGUGCUCCGCUGCGCUCCCGCCACGUCUCGGAGUGUCUCUGUUCCCCCUUUUCCCUCCUGUCCUGGAAGAGCUACACAAAACAUAAAGGAGGUCUUUAGUUUAUCACUGUAGUUCAAAAGAUAACAGAAUAAUUCAUUGUAAAGCAGUAUAAACUGAGGCCGACUGGCAGAGAUUUCUAUGAAUGCUUUUAAAGGGUGAGUGCUGGAAGACCGGCUGGUGAGCGGAAAGUGAGAUAAAACAAAUGGAAAAGAGACAAAACGUAUACCUUUUAUGUUCUUAUGUUCCUUUUUUUUGAUAGUUAUAAAAUAGAUUAUACGCCAGAUUUUUAAGCCUUACAUCUUUCAUCCUGCUCUGUGAAAUGGGCAAAAUACAGUACUGAGAAGAGUUUUACUGUACCCUGGUCCGUCUAUAAAUAUUGGGAGAGUGAAGUCAAAAUUGCCCCGUUUUGGGCUACAAUUACGAAUUUCCCAUCACAGCUGUGUGCUCAGUAAUAUACAGUCAUAAACUGCAAAAGUGGUUUGUUGGUUCAAACUUAAAACAUUAACACACAGUUUAACUGGGUUCA